AACAACGUUCAUCUUAAGACGAGAAAUACUCAUCGCUCUCUGUGUGUCCGUGAAUGCAUAUUUUAUGGCGAAUAAUGCCACAUGUUUGAUGUUUUCUGGGGCUGGUAAUAUGUGUAAAAUGCUGUUUUUGUAAUAGCAGUUCUGCUUGGAGUUUUUACGCACAGAGCUGCAGGCCCUCACUGUUCUGAGUGUUUUCCCUUUUCUCUCUUUUAGCUGCACAUUGCUGGAGAAUAUGACAUCUGUGAAAGUUGCAGACAGGCCCUUCAAUGAGGGGCAUUGUUCGGCACGUCGUUUAUCUUCUUUUCACUGCCUGUAUGUUCGAGGAGGAGUUUUAGUUUGCAGGGAAAUGUGAGGAGGACCUCAGCAAACAGCUCCAACAGGCUGCCAACAGACUGGACGCAGUGCUGAUGAGAAGAUGAGGCCCAAAGCGAAAAGCCAGAAGCUGCAGGGCUCUCUGGAAACCUGCCAUGUGACAUUUGGCUGCCAGCGCUCCGUCAGAAGGUCAAAGGGGGCCCGGUGCACAUUUAAUGGAAAUGCAGAAACCCGGUGCGACACAAAACACCCAGCAACAAGACUUCUUCUUCUUCGGCGAGGCUUUGGAGGAUGUCGGCGGGUUCGGCGGCGCAGCUGCACGCCACCAUUUGGUGCACGCUGAGACGUUUGAGCGCACGUUCCCCCGAAGGUCAAAACAGCAAAACACCAAGUUUCCUCCGAGCAAAAAGAUUUUCCCCUGGAUGAAAGAGUCCAGGCCCUCAAGUGAGAAACACGGCAGGAGAGUCGCAGACUGCACCGUCAACGAGAAGAGUCCAAGCGCGACCCCGGCCUCCAAGAGGACGCGCACCGCGUACACGAGCGCGCAACUGGUGGAGCUGGAGAAGGAGUUCCACUUCAGCCGCUACCUGUGCAAACAGCGGCGCGUGGAGAUGGCCAGCCUGCUCAACCUCCACGAGAGGCAGAUCAAGAUCUGGUUCCAGAACCGGAGGAUGAAGCUGAAGAAGGACGAGAGAGUGCAGGGCCCCAUCACCACCAACUCGUCCUCCUCACCCCCGUCCUCCCCCUCCGCCCCGGGCAGCCCCACUCUGUCGAGCCUGGGUUAUGUCCAUCUGGGCGGGGAUUUCCAGCCGGCCUCCCCUCCGCUCAAGUCCCAACAACACCAGUCCCAGCCGGCGUACCCGGCAGAAUACUCCAAAUAUCCCGCUGCAACCUUCACGCACGACCCGCAGUUUAACGUGCGGUACGACACGCACACCACCUCACGCGCAACAGACCCAAACGUGGAUCUUAACGGGUUAUAUUUCCCACAGAGCUGCACGCAGGACAGAAUCAUGCAGGCUCCAAAACUGACUCAUCUGUAGCAGAAACACGUGAAUUCCUCGAGUCU